AUGGAUUCCGACGACGACUUCAACAGCUCCAUGAGCGGCGAUGGCUUCGACGACCAGGAUAGCGACAUGGGCCUGGAGGAUGACUCCGACUUCGACAUGGACCAAGACGAUGUCGGCUUCGAGUCCCAAGACAAAGACAUCAAGCCCACCAAGCAGGCUUACGAAGUAGAUUUCAAAGUCUUUGACCCGGUCCAAAUUCAGGCACAGCAAGACAAGCAGGUCGACGAAGUAUCGAGUAUCCUCGGCCAGCCGCCUGAAGCCACCGCCAUCCUCCUCCGCCACCUACGAUGGAACAAGGAACGCCUAAUCGACCAGUACAUGGAGAAGACAGAGGAGAUCUUGGAGACAGCAGGCCUGAGUCAGGAUUCCACCACCAAUCCGCCAAAGAUUCAAAAGGUCAAAGGCUUUGUCUGCGACAUUUGCUGCGACGACGACCCCAACAUGGACACAUUCGCCAUGAAGUGUGGUCACCGCUUCUGCCUGGAUUGCUACAGGCAGUACCUCGCCACCAAGAUCCAAGACGAGGGAGAGGCGGCUAGAAUACGAUGUCCCGGUGAGGGCUGCACUAGGAUAGUGGACUCCAAAUCGCUAGACCUGCUUGUUACAGCAGAUCUGCAUGAAAGAUACCACACCCUUCUCACACGAACCUAUGUCGACGACAAAGAGAAUCUCAAAUGGUGCCCUGCCCCCGACUGCAAAUAUGCUAUCGAAUGCCCGGUUAAGAGCAAGGAACUCACGAGGGUCGUUCCCACUGUACACUGCGAUUGCGGACACGCCUUUUGCUUUGGCUGUACAUUGAACAAUCAUCAGCCGGCACCCUGUGCUUUAGUCAAGAAAUGGGUCAAGAAAUGCGAGGACGAUUCAGAGACUGCCAACUGGAUAUCAGCCAACACCAAAGAAUGUCCAAACUGCAACUCAACCAUUGAAAAGAAUGGCGGUUGCAACCACAUGACGUGCCGAAAGUGCCGCAACGAGUUUUGUUGGAUGUGCAUGGGCAAGUGGUCUGAGCAUGGCACCAGUUGGUACAACUGUAACCGAUUCGAGGAGAAGAGCGGUUCCGAGGCACGAGAUGCGCAGGCCAAGUCUCGACAGUCACUCGAGCGAUACCUCCACUACUACAACCGCUUUGCAAACCACGAGCAAUCGGCGAAGCUGGACAAGGACCUUUACCUCAAGACUGAGAAGAAGAUGCAACAACUUCAGAACUCUUCCGGCAUGUCAUGGAUUGAGGUUCAAUUCUUAGACCAAGCCUCGCAAGCAUUGCAGCAAUGCCGUCAGGUACUUAAGUGGACCUACGCAUUCGCUUACUAUCUUGCGCGAAACAAUCUGACGGAAAUCUUCGAGGAUAACCAGAAAGAUUUGGAGAUGGCUGUUGAAAACCUCAGCGAGAUGUUUGAGAAGCCAAUCGACCAGUUGAAAGACUUGAAGGUCGAUAUCCUCGACAAGACUUCGUACUGCACGAAGCGUCGUAUCAUUCUGCUGAAUGAUACCGCCGAGAACCUUAAGCUUGGCAACUGGAAGUUCAACGUGGACCUAGCGUAG